AUGGCCCUUCCACCGAAGUGGUAUCAGUUCCUCGUCUCGGUGUUCGCCUCUCUAGGCUCUCUUCUCUAUGGCUACGAUCUUGGCGUCAUCGCAGGCGCUGUAGCGUCUGAGAACUUCGUGUCGACUUUCAAACCCACGAAUGCUGAAGUCGGUGCUGUGGUAUCGGUCUUUACGGGUGGAGCAUUCUUGGGGGCACUCUUUGCUGGUCCAACCGGUGACACUCUUGGAAGGAAGAAGACGAUCUUGCUAGGAGCUCUGGUAUUCAUCCUAGGAGGUGCACUGCAGACUGGUGCUAGAGGACUGAGCUAUCUCUACGCUGGAAGGGCCAUCGCUGGCAUUGGCGUUGGCUUCCUGGUUAUGAUAGUUCCACUCUAUCAAGCCGAACUAGCACAUCCAGAUAUCCGAGGGAGAGUUACUGCUUUACAACAGUUCAUGCUGGGUGUUGGAGCUCUGAUCGCGAGCUGGGUGAGCUAUGCCACAUACACUUAUAUUCCUGCCGACAGCAGCAAUCAGUGGCGGGUAUCCCUUGGGAUUCAGAUCAUCCCUGCGGGCUUCCUCGCUCUGCUCAUCAUGUUCUUUCCCGAGUCUCCUCGCUGGCUCAUCGAUCACGGCUACCCAGAUCUCGGUCUCAAGACUCUCGCACGGCUACAUGCGCAUGGGGAUACAUCCGAUCCCUGGGUUCUGGCCGAGCACUCUCAGAUCCAAGAGACCCUCACCACCGAACACGAGACGGCCGCGAAAUCCUACGCCGAGCUUUUCCGCUCCCGCUCCUCCUUCCGCCGUCUCUUCCUCGCCUGCUCUAUCCAAGCUUCCGUGCAGAUGACGGGCGUCUCGGCCAUUCAAUACUACAGCCCGGAAAUCUUCGCGCAGAUCGGCAUACCCGGCAGUGAUUCUCUUAAGUAUCAAGGCAUUUCCUCAAUCAUUGCCAUCAUUGCCCAGGCGCUGUGCAUCCUACUGAUCGACCACAUCGGACGACGCUGGGCCAUGAUUGGAGGUAAUCUAGGCAACUGUGUGACUUUUAUCAUUGCAACGAUCUUGCUGGCCAAAUUUCCACCAGGCGCCACAGAUAACAAUGCCGCGAGUUGGGGGUUCAUUGUGAUAACUUGGGUGUACAAUUUCUCCUUCUCGGCAACUUGUGGGCCGCUGUCAUGGAUCGUGCCGGCCGAGAUAUUCGACACGAGAACAAGAAGCAAGGGUGUGAGCAUUGCUACUAUGACGAGCUUCGCGUUCAACACAAUGAUCGGCCAAGUUACUCCCAUUGCGAUCGAGAAGAUUGGUUACAGGUUUUACAUUGUCUUCGUGGUUUGUAACUUUACGAACGCGCUGUUCUUCUGGGCCAUUCAACCCGAGACUAAGAAGCGUCCACUCGAGGAGAUGAACUACCUCUUCACCAACGCGCCCUUAUUCAUACCAACGAUGAACAUGCGGGACUUUGAGAUUCGCGAUCUUGAGCAUCGUGUUGCAGAAGUCGAGAGGAAGGAAUUCGCAAUGCGUCAUGUUGAAUAA